AUGUCGAAAGACUCUGCUUCCAAAGCGAGACCGCCUGUUGCGACACCCAAAAUACCCACCGUUGCUCAGAAGGCGCGCUCUAACCCGACAAAUGGGGACGCGGCGCCAAAAGCGCCCACAGAGAAGCAAGGCGACAAUGAUGCGAGUAAGAGUGCUGGAAAUGCAAACUCGCACAUGGACUCCACAGGCCGAUCAGCCACACCGCCUCCCGACGCCAAGCUCGAAGCGACUGAGAGACCUCAGUCUGCCGCAGUAGUUAAAGUUGCCGCUACCGAGGAUAGCAGCACUCAGCUAUCUUCUUCCGAUGGAUCUGGAAAGCCUCCUAGUAUUGAUGGGAAGAGCGUUGCUUCUGCGACAACAUUUGCACUCGACGAGAAGGAGUCAUUGCGACCAGACGACAGUGCUAGCCUGAGGGCGGUCGAAGAAGAAGACGUCAUCUCUCCUCCAGACUCUGUAAUCGCGGAUUCCCGACAAGGAUCUGAUCAUGGCGCCGCACGUGCCUUCCGAGAUCAGUUGCAGGAAAUUGCCGUCAUGAAUCCUCAGCCUCACCGAGGAGUUCCGCCGGGUCGCUUUCCCACUCUGCCGAAUGGAGCACAAACUCUGUACGAUCCUAACCAGUCACUCAACGGCGCAGGUCCCAUGUCACAGCCUCUCGUGAAUGGCAUGCCUUCGCUCAACGGCCCUCCCAACAUACCCGCUAUUCCGGAUGAAAAGCUCCUCGAAGCGCUACGAUCGCCCCGUGAUCGUCUGUUUGUAGUCAAGAUCGAACAAGACUUUAUCGACUUCAUAAAGGACUCUCGUGAGAGUGAGUUGUGUCUACCGAACUUUGAUACCACUAUGACUGGCGUGAAGAUCACGCGUACGCCGUAUUGCAGAAUCCCGCCCCCAGUAUCGCAAAUGGUUGAUCCUGCCAAGAGUACCAACACACCUCCCGUAGAGCUUCCUGCACGUAAAAUCAUGCGUCGUGAUGAUGGUAAAUCUGGUACAAACACUGGAGCUAAUUCGCAGAAUGCAUCCAAAACAACCUCUGAAAUGGGAGCCAGUGAUGGCAGUAACGACGGUGAAGGUAGCAAGGACAAAGCAGCUCUAUCUCGUGAAGAACGCGAGGCUCGUUACCGUGAAGCUCGUCAGCGCAUCUUUGGUAGCGCUGAGAGCGAAGAGACUGACACUACAGAGGUGAACGGACAAGGAGAGGACAAAGAGAAAGCGAAAGACAUGUCAAGAUCAAGCUCGGCUGCUGGGAAGAAAAAGCCCAAGAAGCAGCGCAACUACGACGAUGACGACUUCCAAGCUCGAUCCCGAUUCAACGUGUAUUACCCACAGCAAUAUCCUGUUGCGGGCUACACCGGAGACAAUGCUGUCUACUACAACGGCUAUGCUGGUCCUGCGCAGAAUGCACCGUAUGCGACUAUGAACUCCGGGGGAUCACCUCCAGCUGCGUACAGCAACCCAUACCCGGGUAUGAUGGCCCCAGACGCACAGUCUCAAUACGGCUGGAAUGGCCAACAAUAUCAGCCACCCAAUGGGUCAGCUAUGAUGUAUCCCAACUAUGGACCGAUGCAGAACGGCUAUGACCUAUCAACAGAUUUCCAGCGUGGUAUGUCAUCGUUCCAGAACGCCGGUAUGCCGUCUCAGGUGACACCGAAGAUGGCCAACCCGUCAAUGGCACCCUACCAGGACAACUAUCAGCAACCCCAGCACGUGCCCAUGAAUGCAGGGUGGUCACCACAAGUGAACCAGCAGUUCCCAUAUCACUCGGCCACGAGUGCGUUCAAUGCUCAAAAUGGGCCAGGCAACAGGCCCAUGUCCGCGCCUCACCAAGCUCCGAUGCCUGGCUAUCCCUAUGGCCAAUUUCCUCCGAACGGUUUCAAUGGCAAGCCAAAUCGCAACCAACACCCUCUCCCUGGAAGCUACAACCGUGGGCAGUUCAACCCGCAAACCCAAGCCUUCAUACCCGGCGGGCGUAACAUGCCUUUUGGAAUGCAGCCGAACAUGAUGCAGGGCCAGCCCCAGAUGAACCCACAGAUGAAUCCACAAAUGAACGGCUACGGUGGCUACCAAAUGUCUGCCCAAACUUCUAUGCCUGCUCAGAUGCCUAGGCACAGCCCUUCUGCUACUUCUACGCCGUCUUUCGGCUCUCCGCAAAGCAUGCAAGGCAACUACGCUGCCCCUUCUAUGAACAGGAUCGCAUCUCAGUCUGGCGAUCCAGGUUCCUCGCAAAGCAGCAUCGCUAAGUACGGUACACCUGCGCACCUACCUCCAAAGCCACCUGCUCCUGCUCCAGCCCCGCCCUUCGCUCUACCUUCCAUGACCCGAGUGCCAUCGUCCAGCACCUUCAACCACAACUCUAACUGA